AUGACCGACUACGAUGAGACUUACGACACGUUCCUUAAUAGAAUACGAAACCACUUGCUUGAUGCAAGUCCGGAGAUAAUAAACUCAGCAGUGGAAAUCUUGCUAGACUUAUUAGGAUCCGAUACAAGUGUGACAACCAAGAGAAAGGAAACAAAGGAGCUUCUUGGUGAUACCAUUGAAGAUGAAGAGAUGGGGGAAUUGAUAAACUUGGCAAAUAGCUAUAAGGCUGCAUUGCAGAAGCAUCGUGGAUCAGCAAAGGAUGAGGCUAGCGCAAUCGCAAUUGAAGUAGAGGAAGAAUCCGAUGGCGAUGAGCCAGAGGUUGAAUCUGACAACGAGGAAAAGGCAGCAGAGCCUGUUAUCAUCGAUCGCGUUUACGAUUGGAAUGCCUUUAAAGAUGAGGUACCCAAUUCAGAAGAAGUCUACAAAGCGUUGAGUGAUAGAAGCAUCACCGAUGAGGCUCUUUUUGAAAAGUUUCCCGCAAUGGACAAGGUUCUACCAAAUCGAUGGAGAAUAGUGUAUUCAAAAAGACUUGCCAUGGGUGACAAGGGCCCAAUAAUCAAAGAAAUGCAAAAGUAUAACCUCAAUACACUCAUUUUGGAGCUAUUAGGAAAAAACGAUGCCGAACAUACAAUCAAGCAGCUUCGAAAACGAGUGCUUUAUGAAGAAACAAAUGGCCAGGAGUUAAAAGUGACACUUCCAAAGGGAACAUACCAAGAGAAAAUGCCCAACUAUGAUAUUAUCACUGUGCCCGCUAAUACAUCCCCAACGAGUGAGUAUGAACUCCUACCGGUUAAUAAAUUGCCAUCAUGGGCACAGGAAGUUUUCCCUAGCAAUGAAACAUCAACAUUUAACCGAAUACAGUCAAAAAUAUACCCAAAAGCGUUCGAAUCUGAUGACAACUUGUUGAUUUGUGCCCCAACUGGUGCUGGUAAAACCAACGUGGCAAUGUUGACCAUGUUGCGUACUAUUGAAAACUAUCGAUCCAACGGCCAUAUUGACGCAAACAAGUUUAAAAUUGUAUACAUUGCGCCACUAAAAGCUUUAGUGCAAGAGCAAAUGAGAGAAUUUCAACGAAGGCUAACUUCGGUGUUCGGCUUGGUGGUGAAUGAGCUAACCGGUGACUCUUCAUUAACCCAACAACAAAUUCUAGAGACCAAUGUGAUUGUUACCACACCAGAGAAGUGGGAUAUCAUCACAAGAAAAGACCACGACUACCUCAAACUUGUCAAGUUGUUGAUUAUUGACGAGAUUCAUUUGUUGCAUGAUUUGAGAGGACCUGUUUUGGAAGGAAUAGUGUCCAGAAUUGUGCGCACCGGUGAGGAGGACAUAAGAAUUGUUGGAUUGUCUGCAACAUUGCCCAAUUAUCUCGACGUGGCCAAGUUUAUCCGUGCUAACGAUGUCGGAGUUUUUUACUUUGACUCCAGUUAUAGACCCUGCCCAUUGGAGCAAAAAUUUGUUGGAAUUAAGGAUCAGAAAGCAUUAAAAAAGAAGAUUGCAAUAAAUGAGGCAUGUUUUGAUCAAACAUGCAAUGUGUUGAAACGCAAUCAGCAAUUGAUUAUUUUUGUUCAUCUGAGGAAUGAGACUGCAGCAACUGCAGAAUACUUGAUAGAAUCUUUGUCAAAUCUGGAUAUUGAAGUGGUUACAGAAAUUAGUACUCGAGAAAUUCUCCAACAAGAAUCUGAACGAGUGACUAAUUCCAAAUUGCAAAGACUUUUGCUUUCAGGCAUUGGUAUCCAUCACGCAGGAUUGACAAGAGAUGACAGGACAUUAGUGGAGGACCUUUUUGCCCAGGGCCAUUUAAAAGCCCUCGUUUCCACCGCCACGUUGGCAUGGGGUGUUAAUUUGCCAGCACACACAGUGAUCAUAAAGGGAACUGAUGUUUACUCUCCAGAAGCUGGUAAUUGGACUCAAUUAUCACCUCAAGAUGUUUUCCAAAUGUUGGGAAGAGCCGGUCGGCCUAGGUAUGAUAAGAAUGGUGAAGGUAUCAUCAUCACUUCACAGGAUCGUAUACAAUACUACCUUGCAAUUUUAAAUCAACAAUAUCCAAUCGAGUCGCAGUUGAUGACAAAAUUGAUUGAUAAUGUUAAUGCAGAGGUUGUUGCUGGUACCAUAUCGUCAUUGAAUGAUGGUAUAAAAUGGCUCGGUUACACCUAUUUAUAUGUGAGAAUGUUACAGUCACCAAAAUUGUAUGGAGCAGAUUCACUCACCAGCGAGGAAGAUCCUACAAUGUAUGUAAGGAGACAGGAAUUGAUUGAUGCUGCCUUUUCAGUUCUUUAUGAAAACAAAUUGUUAUUCCGUGAAGGUGAUAAAGUUGUCUCUACUCCCCUUGGCAAAAUUGCAUCAUACCAUUACAUCAGUUAUGAAACCGUUGCCAGAUACAACCAGAUGUUGAGACCUUGGCACACUGAAGGGGACAUAAUUAGGGUAUUUGCCCACUCUGACGAAUUUCAAUUCAUACCUGUUAGGAGAGAGGAGAGAUUAGAAAUCAAUAAGCUUAUGGAAAAGUGUCCUAUUCCGAUCAAGGAGCUCCCUACUGAGCCAAUUGCCAAGAUCAACAUCUUGUUGCAAACUUACAUUUCCCGGCUUAAUCUUGAAGGGUACGCACUAAUCUCAGAUAUGAUUUACAUCAAGCAAUCGGCAUCCAGGUUGUUGCAUGCCUUGUUUGAAAUAGCGCUACUCAAAAAGUGGUCAUCGUUAGCGAGAUCAAUACUCGAUUUGUCAAAGAUGGUGGCCAAUAGGCUUUGGACAAGCGAUUCCCCUUUGAGGCAAUUUGGCUCAUUAAUUCCAAAGCCCAUAGUUAAAGCCUCUGAAUCAUCUCAAUUGCCAUGGAUUCAGUAUUUCCACUUGACACCAGAGGAGUUAUCGGAGGUGUUGAACUUGCGCGGAAACGCCCAGCAAGCAUGGAACUUUGUUCAUUCAUUUCCCCGGAUUGAGCUAAACUACACAGUUCAAACUAUUACUGACGAAUUUGUGAGAUUGAAAGUGGAAGCCGUUCCGAAAUGGAAUUGGUUGAGCAUUCAUGGAAGGCAAGAGUCUUUUGAUUUGUUUUUGGAGGAUUGCGAUGGUAACGAGCUUUUACAGUACCAACAGUUUCGUGUCCGUAAGGAGGAUAUAGAGCAGCCACACGUGCUUGAGUUUCAAAUCAAGUUGAAACUGCCUCAACCGCCAAACUUGCUACUUUCACUCGUGAGUACCAAAUGGGUAAAUUGCACCUCCAAGAUACCCAUCAUAACAAGUUUGAUAUCCCCAAAAGAUAGGUCAUAUUUUGUUGAAAAUGGAGACAAGAUUGAUUUAACUGAUUUUGAAGAGUUUGGAUUACACAAGGAGAAACUUGCAAGCGAGCUCUACGAGGCAAUAUGCGAUAAAGAAAACAUUUGCAUUGGAAUCACGACCGGAGUACAAAAGAGUUUAUGUUCUGAGUUGACCAUUGCUCAACACUUGCGUCGAUCAAACAAGAGAAUAAUCUAUAUCAACCCUAGUGAGAAUACUGUUGAAGCCAAAUUGAAGAAAUGGACCAAAAAAGAGGAUCUCAGCGUAUGCAGAUUAUCGGGAGAUUUGAAAAAGGAUUUUAGGGCUUUCAAUGCCCACCAGGUUAUUCUAUCAACCCCGGGUCCAUUCUACUCCCUUUGCAAGCGUUGGAGGAGCGCAAAGGCUAUCAAGACGGUUCAGUUGAUUGUAUUAGAUGAUUUGCAUGAGCUUGAAGCUAAUCCAGUUUACGAACUCAUGAUUACAAAGCUCAAGAUCCUACAACUGCAUGGUGAUGACAUCAACGUCAGACUUGUUUCUGUGUCUUAUCCAUUACUAAAUGCUCGAGAUGUGGCGCUGUGGUUGAAUGUUUCUAGAGAGAAUAUAAUAAACUACCCGGCAUCUAUGCGUGAAAGCAAUAUCGAGGAAAUUUAUUUUAGUGAGGAGAAACAACGGGAUAUUGGUGACCGCAGGACUAUCUUGUUUACAGGUACAAGCAGCGAAGCAAUCAAGAUUGCACAAAACUUACCACCGAGGAAGAAUAAUGUUGCCGAUAACAUCGAAAACAAGGUCUUGAAAGAAGUGUUGGGAAAUGGGGUCGGGCUAUUAUUAAACGAGUUUUCAAAACCCGACAAGGCAAUUGUAUCCAAUUUGUUCCAAGCGGGAAAUGUAUCGUGCAUGGUCACUACUAGAGACGCAGUUAACAUUGUGCCUUUUGCAGAUGUUGUCAUUAUUGAUGGAACGCAAUACUAUGAUGAAUAUGAACAUCGCGACGUUGACUACAGUGUGACAGAUAUAUACAACAUGGUUGGUCACUGUCAAAGUACUGCUGGAUAUGUUUAUGUGCAAACAAGUGUUGACGCUACUUCAUUCUAUUCGACUUUUAUUAAUUCUGGUAUUCCUUUGGAAAGUCUGUUGGACUCUACAAUUUGUGAGUUUUUCAUUGAUGGUAUUGCACAUGGUUUACUAAAACUGAGACAGGAUUGCAUUGAUAUUUUGACUCACACCUUUUUCUACAAAAGGUUGUUGAGCAAUCCCAGUUAUUAUGGGUUGAAAAAUCUAUCAUCUGUUGCCGUAUCCGAAUACUUGUCUAAUAUGAUCGAAGAUUUGAUGGAUGAGUUGAUCAAAGCAGACUUUGUUGAGGAAGACGAAGAGGAAACGAUUUUGCCUUCUAAUAAGGCCUUGAUCACAUCGCACUAUGACUUAUCCUUCGACACAAUAAACUCGUUGAGUUCUUUGAAUGGCAAGAGCAAACUCAAGGACAUUUUACUUGCUGUCACCAAUGCCGUUGAAUUUGAAUCCAUACCAAUGAGAAAAGUAGAUGAUGUGUUAUCUACUAUUGCAAGGAAAAUGCCUUUAAAAGAUGCUUCUUCAAUGACACCGUUCUACAAAUCUUUCAUUCUCGUUCAAGCAUUCAUAUCAAGGGCAACAUUGCCCUUUGAGUUAAAGUAUGACCAGGAAAAAGUCCUCAAAAUUUUUGUUCGCGUAUUGAAUGCCAGUAUUGAUGUUUUAUCAGGAGACGGCCACUUGAGUGCAAUGUUGGGUAUGGACUUGUGGCAAAUGGUUUCUCAACAAGUAUGGUCGUUUGAAAAUCACUUGAAACAGGUUCCAAAAUUUAAUGAUGCGAUCCUCGCUCGUUGUAAAGAGCACAAAGUCGAGACUGUCUAUGACAUAAUGAGCUUGGAGGACGAUGAAAGAGAUGAAGUCCUCCAGUUGGAAGAUGAUGAUUUGAAUGAUGUUGCCAUGUUUGUCAACCUGUACCCUAAUGUCAAACUAUCAUUCGAAGUUUUAGCUCCAGGAUCAAUAAGCGUUUUGCUAGAGCGAGAUGAAGAAUUGGACUCGUUGGAUGCGGUCUGUAGGUUACCCUUCACCAAAGAGGAAAAUUGGUGGGUGAUUGUUGGACUGCCUUUGUUGAACCAAUUGUAUGCUAUAAAAAAGACACAAAUCAAGAGUCUUGAGCUGAACUUAAAAAUUGAUUUUGAGAGUCCCGACUCAGUUGAUGAUCUCACCUGUUGGGCCAUUUGUGAUUCUUACCUCGAUGCUGAUAAGGAAGUACAAAUAUCGUAA